AUGAGUAAGACCCAGUGCAUUCGAGAGACGACACCAAACUACAGACAAGUGUGUAUGGAGGCUGAAGAUUCCAACAGACCACCAGUUUUCAAAUCCUCUCGACGUGGCUCAAUGUUCAUCUUUUCUUUCCUUUUAACUCAAAAGCCAAUGGUUUUUUUACGUAUUUCUUUUGGUGUCCAAUGCCGUUUUUAUCUUCGUCUCUUCACAUAUUCUAUUACUUUCUAUCAUCGAUGUUUCCUCCUUUUCUGUUGCGCAAAUGCGCCAGAAAAUCAGCUGCCAUAAUCCUUUCUGCAGUUAGCUUCAUUGUAUUCCUGUUUCUUGAUUUUCUUGAAAUAAUUUGUUGCAUAAUCUAUAGAUAUCUUGAUGAAUUCUUUGAAGGGAAGGCCUACCCUUGUUAUUGUGAAAACAGGGGAUUAAAAGAAGAAAGUGAGCUGUCAGAGACUUUACAUAAGAGAAAAAAUGUUUUCAGGCAAAUGGGAUUUCUGGGUUUUGCAAGAAAAUGGGAGAAUUGCAAGAAACCAACUGGUGAUGGUGGUGGAUUAAUUGCGGCUAAUCAGUGGUCUGAUUGUGGGUGUGAGUCUUGUACUUCUUGGAUUAAGGAUGGUGGUGGGCAGAAUUUGCAUGUAGUUGUCAGGGAGCCUUCUGGAGUAGGUGUUAGAAAGGAUUGUUAUGGAGAUUUGGUAGAAAAUGUGAUAUUUUUGCAUGGAUUCCUAUCUUCUUCCUCAUUUUGGACAGAAACAGUGUUUCCUAAUCUCUCCGAGCCUGUUAAACGCAACUACAGACUAUUUGCUAUUGACCUUUUGGGAUUUGGAAGAAGCCCUAAGCCAAAGAACUGUUUUUACACUUUGACAGAUCACCUGGAGAUGAUUGAAAAAUCUGUGAUUAAUAAUCCAUUUGAGUUGAAGUCUUUCCAUCUCGUCGCACAUUCCAUGGGCUGCAUUAUUGCACUAGCACUUGCUGCAAAAUACUCGAAUUGUGUGAAAUCAAUCACCCUCAUAGCACCACCUUACUUCCCAAGUUCUAAAGAAGGCGCAAGUUCAGCCGUGCUUAAUAAACUCGCCGGAAAAAGAUUGUGGCCGCCAUUGCUAUUUGGUUCAUCACUUAUGUCAUGGUAUGAACAUUUGGGUCGUUGCGUUUGUUUUCUUGUUUGUCGAAACCAUAGGAUUUGGGAGAGGAUUUUAAAGCUACUGACAUGGAGAAGGGAUCUCCAUUUCAUGAUUAUUGACUUGACAAAGCACACCCAUCACUCCGCUUGGCAUACAAUGCAUAAUGUGGUAUGUGGGGGAGCAAAAUUUGCAGAUGAUUUUCUGGAAACUUUGGUAAAAUCUACAGUGAAGAUUUUUGUCAUUCACGGCGAUCGCGACAAUGUUGUUCCAUUGGAGUGUAGCAAAAACAUCAAGAACAAGGUUCCUACGGCAGAAGUUAGUAUUAUCCCUAAUGCUGACCAUGUUUCUGUAAUUAUUGGUAGAGAGAAGGAAUUUACCCUCAAUUUAGAGAGAAUAUGUGCUUCAGUUGUUGAAUAAUUACUGGUUUUAAAUGAAAAAUGGAAGUUAGAGGAAAGAAAUUACUGCUUCA